AUGGACGAUCUACCUGUGCCACUCACAGUUAUUAAACGCGGACCGUUGUCCGACGGCAAAGUCAGCUCGCUGUCUCUAGCAUACCCGCAUAUUCCGUGUCGCAGCUCUUCACUUGCCAUGAGUAUGAACUAUGACUCAAACGAGGUUGCGACAUCCACGCGAACCCCGUCUCUCAGUGACAGUCUUUACAAUAUUGAGAUUAUGAAGCUUCGCCUAGAUCAUAAGCCAGCAGCCAAGGGUACUGUGAUUCCUGGCCUAAAUGUAGAUGAUGAUCCAUUUAUCGACAAUAAUUCGCGACGCCGCCUUCAGGCCGAAGGAUUCAUGACCAGGAGUGGGUAUCACUUUGCGCCACGCCUGCUCGUUCGCUGGAGCUCCGGGUCUUGGAAUUCUUUGCCACCAUGUCUCGCGUCAACAUCACAAAAGGCAUCUCUAGAAGUGGGAGCGUCUACGGGCCCAAUGUCACCAAGGAAUUUCAGAACUGAUCGUACCCAGGCCUUUUCGGAAAUAUUGCACCAGGGGGCAUCUGACUUGUUAUGCCCGUUAGAUAUUCCUAUUGCAUUCGCCAACAUGAGAUCUUAUGCAGGCCGACCAUGCAUCGAGGCAGACUAUUUGUCCGUUUGGACCUCGGUGAAUAUCUCUGUUGACGUCAACCCGAUUGCAUUGCCUGAGACUGCCCCACUGGCCCCUCUUGACAUGAUCAUACUCCUUGAUUGUCUGCAACAGCCUUCACCCAGCCUUUUGGCGCCAAUGAUCAUGGCAUCCACGGUGCUCGCUUCAAACUUGAUUGCAACCUUUGAUAGGCUGGCCUUGGCAUGCGUGAAUGGGCGUUCACCCAGUGGAUUUGAAAUAUUACUUUCUCUGGGAUCUCAUUCGGUCGAGGCUGUUCAAGCUGCUUUGGAUAUAUUUUCUAUACGCCAGAUGAAGAAGCACAGGAGAAGAUGUCCGGACCUGGUGAACUCCAUUCAAAAAGUAUCCCGACUCUUUUGCCCCUCAUCUAGAACUGCCUUCUGUCAUCUGGUUCUUGUCUCAGCGCGAUCCCCAAAAUCCUUAUUGUUAGCCAAUAUCGACAAGGCCAUUGGGUUUCACACAGUCUCCCCCGAGACUUAUUUCCCUCUCGGGAUAGCCCACCCACCAGGUUGGCACAUCUGUUCUGAUACCGAUGAAGAAGAUUCAGGCCCUAGCAAUGCCCAUUUUGCGCGCAAAGUCAGCAAGGUUGUUCGACAGCUUCGCACAGGCAUCAGCCCUGGAGUCAUAUCAGACUUGAAACUUUCCGUUGGUCCUGGCGAUGAAUGUUGGUUUGAGGCUGCGUCAGGAAGUACUGAUCUGAUGCGACUGCGCCCAGGGGAAACUUGGAUAUACAAGCUGAAAAUUGGGCUACCUUUGGUUCAACGCCAAGAACCACAGCUCAUGGAUCAUUCCAUGUUCAGGGACUUGAUUGCCCAAAUCAACGAUGUUUUGAGGGAGUUUUCUUCCGAGCCGGCUCUUCAACAAGUUCUUACCGUUGGUCUAGAAUACGAACAUUCUUUUCUACCGAAAUCGCACACCGUGUGCUUGGAAACUCAUUGCACAAUUGCUAUCCCAGAUAUGUCCCACAAGCCAGUUCAUAGUCAUCAGAAGAUUUCGACACUGAUGGCAUACGAAGCCGAAGACGAUUCUUUCGAAAUUAAUCUGGGUUCUGCAAGUGAGAGCAGCUGA